UGUUUUGUUAAAAAUUAAAUCUUUCAAAAAUUGAAAAAUAUAAAGAAAAAUGCUUCUCAGCACCCAUGAAUCUGAAAUGUCAUGUAUUAAAUGUUGCAUGAUACUAAAUAAAUUAUCUCUUCUAUGUCUCUUAUCCAUAGAAGAAAAAAUGUUGGGCUCCGUGGAAAUUGUUUGUGGUUUGGCGAUAUUAGCAGUCCUUUUCUAUUAUUAUAUGACUUGGAAAUAUGACUUCUGGAUAAAGCACGGUAUACCUGGACCAAAGCCUAAACUAUUCUUUGGCACAAGUAAAGAUUUGAUACUUGCAAGGACGACACUAGGACAUUACACAAAACAGGUUUAUGAUGAAUUCAAUGGGACGCCAUUGAUUGGAUUGUUUAUGGGAAGGCAACCAACUCUGUUUCUGAAUAGUUUAGAUCUUAUAAAGGACGUCCUUAUCAAAGAUUUCAACAAAUUUUCGGAUCGAGGAUUUAAAUACUUGCAGGUUGAACCAUUAUCGCAGAACAUCCUCAAUUUAGAACCAGCGCAAUGGCGACCAUUAAGAUCAAAACUGUCGCCAGUGUUUUCAUCGGGAAAGUUAAAGGAUAUGUAUUCUUUUAUCGUAGAUUGUUCAACAAAUGUCAUAAAAUACUUAGAUAGAGUGGUCGAAAAGGGAGAUAUCGUGAAAGUUCGUAAUAUUACUCAAAAAUACACACUUGACGUAAUCGGUAACUGUGGUUUUGGUAUUGAAACGAAAGUGCUGGAAAACGAAGACUCUGAGUUUCAUAAAGUGGGCAAAAGAAUCUUCAGUACAGACCUAGAAAAUAUAGCGCGAGUAAGAUGUAAACUAUUCUUUCCUGAAUUUUACAAUUUUCUUGGUCAUAUAGUACCCGAGAAAAAGAUCACCGGUUUCUUCACAAAACUCGUUGCAGAAACGAUAGAGUAUCGGGAACGUAAUAACAUACGCAGAUUGGAUUUUAUCAAUGUACUCAUGGAAAUGAAAAAAAAUCCGGAAAAGAUAGAGAAUAUGAAAUUAACAAAUCAAUUUCUCACCGCUCAAGCUUUCAUCUUCUUUGUGGCUGGUUUCAAGACAUCUUCUGCUACUAUGGCUAAUGUUCUUUACGAGUUGGCCUGUCAUCAAGACAUACAGGAUAAAGUGCGCAAUGAAAUUAUGAAAUUUUACGCUGAACAUGGUGAAGAAAUAAAAUAUGAGCAUAUAUCGCAAUACAAAUAUUUGGACAAAGUAUUUAAAGAAACAUUGAGGCUGUAUCCAAUAGCACCAGUAUUGUUCAGGAGAGCAAUUGAAGAUUACACUUUCCAUGAUACGAAAUUUACAAUACCAAAAGAUAUGUAUGUAUGGAUAUCAAUAUAUGCACUGCACCGAGAUCCUGAGUAUUUUCCAAACCCUCAUAUCUUCGACUCUGAGAGAUUCAACGAAGAAGCUAUUGCCGCACGGCAUUCCAUGUGUUAUUUACCCUUCGGUGAUGGACCAAGAAAUUGCAUCGGUGAACGUUUUUCGCAUUUUCAAUCCAAACUUGGAAUGAUUAAAAUACUUAGAAACUACAAGAUGGACGUUUGUGAAAAAACUUUCAUUCCAUAUGAAUUUGACCUACAAGCGUCAUUGAUGGCACCGAAAGAAGACAUAUACUUAAGAAUAACAAAAUUGAAAAAAUAACGUAAACAUAAGAAAUUUUUACAAUCGUAUUUCAGAUGGAUUAUUUCCUCAUUUAAUGUUUAUUACAAUAUUCAUUUACUUAUAAACCAUGUACGAGUUGUACAUAUUAAUAAAUAAAUAUU